UUUGCGUGCCGAGCCUCCGGAAGCGGGAGCUAGCAAGCUGCGGCUUCUGCGAGGAGGGAAUCAUUGUGGUGUGCUUGGCUUGUGCUGACCUCUGUCUGCCGCAGGGAAAAGGGCUCCCUUCGGCUCGGAGCUAACUCAGCUGGAGAAGUGUGAAAGCCACCCGGGUUCACUAGAAAAGUCCUCCAACUCCACUUUAGCGCAGUGUUUAAAUGUGAAUAAAAUCUAUUAAUUAGCCGGAUAAUGUCUCCAAGCUUGCUCGCGCUUCGUGUGUAUCCGUUGGUCACCGUUGGUUAGCCGUUAGCUCCUCACCCCGCUCUGUCCUUUGUUGCUCGGGUUAGCGGAUGUUUCCCAGCAUCUGUCAGCGGCUCUGUCACCAGGACAACACCUGGACGUCUAAUGGGAGGCUGAGGGAACAAUGUUGAGAUUCCUCCGUGUCAUUUUAACAGGCCUGUUGGGUUUUCUGUUCGAUGGAGUUGGAGCUUUUGGUGUCGGGACGUAUGGUGGGGUGAGAGUAGUGAACGGGGAUCACCACUGUUCCGGUAGAGUCGAAGUAAACCUUCACGAGAAGUGGGGGACGAUUUGCGACCAUGACUGGGAUAUGCAGGCAGCUAGUGUGGUGUGCUCGGAGCUGGGUUGCGGCUUCGCUGAAUCCGCUUCCCGUGGCGGCGAAUUUGGCCCGGGCGGUGGACUGAUUGCUUUGCGCUCCGUCCAUUGCAAAGGGCAUGAGUCCAGCUUGAUCCACUGUGAUGCCUUCAUUAACAGGAACUCCUUUUGCACCCAUCAGAAUGAUGCUGGUGUGAAAUGCUCAGGUACUCUAAUGGAGCCCAGGCUCUCUGUGCUGUCACCUCACUAUGUGUUUUCUGCUGGGGAGUCUGUUCACUUCUACUGCAACAUUCAACCACGUGACCGCGUCAGCAACGUCCACCUGUACAAGCACGGAGUCGAGACGCCGCUGGUCACACAGAGCGCAGACCCGACCCAGAUCGGAGUCAGCCUGGUUCUGUCUGAUGUGGAAACUUUUCAGCAAGGCAGCUACAGCUGCCAGUACAACAUUAACGGCGGUUUCCCUCCCCACCGGAUCACAUCUCCAACCAGCCAUCCUGUUAAUAUUACUGUGGUUGACCUCUUGACUCCCCAUCACUGGUACAACACGUCCUCUGAGGCCCCGACAGGCUCCGUCAUCAAAGGCGAGGGUUUUAACAUCACCUGCUCCACCCUGCGCCAGUACCCCGGCGCCUCCUUCCAGCUCCGCCUGGUCCGCUCCAACGGCACGGUGCGCCAGUCGCUCCCGGCCGUCUCCCAGUCUGUUACUUUCACCUUCCCCAACGCCCAGAACUCCAACGAGGGAUACUACUACUGCCUGUAUCGGGUGCAGCUGGGCGGACGCACGUUCGUCUCCAGAGAAAGCCAGCCGCUACCUAUAGCCAUUAAAGAUCCUGACCCGCUUCUGAGCCCCAUGGUGAUCAGCUGGCUGGUGUCCGGGGUGACAUUCGUCAUAGCUGUCAUCAUUAUUUUUACUGUGGCGAAGGUGAUGUGUAACAAGGAGAAGAAGCCCUCUGAAUUAGAGCGGGAGACCAGAACCUGUGUGGACAACACAUAUGUUGCCUUAUCAGUCAACAAGCUAUGAUGGAGUCUGCAGAUAACAGGUUUAGCGUUUGGACAUCCAGAAGGCUCAAAUCGUCUUCAAGCAGAUCCAACUGCAGAAGAGGCAGACGGCAGCAACUGGAUACGUGCUGCUCGCCACCUGCUGGUGACUCCUGGAACCAGUUUACAACCGAGACUUCUAUUCAGCACUUCCAUUGGGACGCAGUUCGAGACUGCACUGGCUUUUUUACUCUUACUGGAAAACAAUGGACAAGAUUAACGUUCAGCACCAUGUUGUUGUAAUAUGCAGGCCGGCAGCCAUGUUGGAGCAGCAGUAGCAUGUGUGUUCCUACGGUCCUGUUAAAGCCAUGUGUAAAGUAAGCUCAGAGCUGGAGGCGGUCACUAUCUCCGACGUACCUUAAAUCUGUGAAAUGAGCGAAUACGUUUCUGUGUUCUAUACAGAGUUCAGCAGCUUUGUUCCAGAUAACACUAAUAGACUGCUUAAUGAUUAAAUUCCUGCCGUCAGAACAAUGAUCCUCAAAGGAUUAUUUAUACAAUGUAAUGUACAUAAAGACUAACUCUACUAUG